CUCCCGCCGGCCGCAAAGACGUUCUACGGCUCUGUUUGUCAGACCUGAAAUUCGAGAGAGAGGACCGAGCCGCCAUUUUCCGUGUGACGCUCUCCCUGAAACGGCAACGAGAAUAACGGAUUAACGGGGGAAUUGCAUAUAAACCUGACAACAAAAAUCAUCUCGGAAUAAGAGACGAACAAUUUGAGGAUAUUUGGAAAUAGAACCGGUGUGAAAAUCUACUAGAUUUGCACCGCAUCUCUAAUUACGGAGAGCAGGCUGACGCGGUUCCUGAACUAUUCGUUGUUUCGCCCAUUUCGUGAUUCCGGGAGCAAUACUGGCUUCAGAAUUAGAGCGCACUCUUCGGGUUUUGUGAAUAGGCGGUCUUGCAACAAAUGAUUUUUUUCUUUUUUAAUGCACCUUGAUCGCACACACGAUUACCUAUCCGCGGCGGGGAUUUAAUUCUACAAUUUCCCCGGACUUGGGUUCUCAUCACGUGGUGUUCCCUCUCCCAGGCCUCAGGAGGAGCAGCAGUGGGCUGGUGUGGUGGAGCUGGCCUCAGGCCCGGGCGAGGCCCCCUGCUGGCCGGCCCCCUCCCCGCGCUGCAUGGCUGCCAUGGCGCCAGCUCUGACCGACGCGCCCAACGAAGCAGCCCACCGCAUCCGCUUCAAACUGGCCCAGCCCUCCUCCGCCCUCUCCCCCAGCGCCAUGGAGACCAGCCAGGACUCCGACAACAUCAGCCCCCGAGGGGCAGGGCGUGGCAGGAGGGCGGAGGAAGCAGGGAGGGGCGUAGGGAAACUGCAGCCAUUGGUGGCCUCCUACCUCUGCUCUGAUGUCACACCUGUGCCGUCGUCCAAGUUGCAGGCCCUGUUGCCCAGCCUGCUGCCCGCCCCUGGACCCCCCAGGAGAUCCAUACACACCCCGGCCCAGCCCCCCCUCAACGGCCAGGCCAAGAAGCAGGGUAGGAACCUGGGCCCCACCCUGAACGGAGGCUCCUCCCCCCUCCCCUCCCAGACCACCACAGCCUCUACAGAGCACGCUCCCUUCGGAGGAGGGGCGGAGCCCCAGACUGGAGUGUCCUCAGAUCCAGCACCUUGUCUUAAACGGCGGUCUCCCCCGGCGACCGCCGCCACGCCCUCCAACUGCCCGCACAGCGAGCCUUCGGACCGACCUCCGUCGCUAACCCAGGACUACUCCUCCCCCUCUACCACCGUGACUGGGCAGGAAGGUGUCGGGAACAAUCUGGGGGCUGGAGGAGGCACGGAGACCCCUCUCCAGCUGGUGACCGGCGGCCCGGUGAGCAGCCAGGACGGCCUGGGUGCCGGGGAGGUGGAAGUGGGGCCGGAGGGGCUGGUCCAGGGCUCUGUUUGGCUGCAGGAGCGAGCCCAGCAGAGCCAGGGCCGGCAGGGGGAGAUGUCCGGCCGGCUGAGGCACCUGAGGAGACGCCUGCAGGUGGUGCAGGCCAAGCAGGUGGAGCGACACCUCCAGCAGCAGCUCGACGGCCUAUUGGAGCACACCGUGGGAGGGGGCGGAGCCCGGGGGAGGGGCCAAGAGGACAGGGACGGGAUUGGACGGCUGUUGAAGCAGGGUUCCACGCCGUUGGAGUUGGAGCGUCUGUACGUGAGCGGGAGUGCAGUGCUGCGCGGCGUGGAGGCGGGGUUUGACUCGGACGCCACGGCGAGCAGCUCAGGGGGGGAGACAGACGCGGAGGAGGCCGGCAGGGCGGAGCAGGACCAGCGCCACGUGUCACUGUGGCGCCGUGCGGAGGGCCGCUAUGCCCUGGAGAGAGCCUCCAUCAUCAGCCACUGGAGCUGGCUGCAGGCCCACGUGUCCGACCUGGAGUACCGCAUCAGACAGCACACGGACAUCUACCGCCAGCUACGCCUUAGCAAGGGCUCCAUCUUGCUGGGGGACCCCACGCUCUCUGAGUCAUUGGCUGAGGAUGGGGAGGUGAAGGCGGAGCCUGCCGUUGUCCAGGUUACACAGGAGCGCGGCUUGGACGCAGGGACGGGCAGUUCCGGCUCCAUGGAAACAAGCCUGAGGAAAGGGUGUGUGUCCGGGAGGCAGGUCAACGGUGUCAUCAACAGCCUUCAUUCUUCCUCUGCUCAGCUGGAGGAUCAGCGAGGCCAGACACAGCUCCCCCUGCAGGAGCAGGGCAGUACUUCGGCCCGCACACGGCCUCUCCUCAGCUAUAAGAAACGACGCCUCCUCAGACCCUCCAGCCUCAACAACCUCCACCGCAAGGUGCAGAGUCAGGGUGUGUGUUGGUGUGUGUGUGAGCUCAACCCUCAGUGUGUGACCUGUGCUGGCCGCACCCCUUCCUCCCCCUCCUCUGGGCCGGAGGGCCUGUAUGAUCGCCCCCUGCUGGAGAGACUGGCUCAGUUGGACCCCAGCCUGCACCCUGUCCUCUCUCUCUCAGACGAUGUGGCCAUGGGUCUUCACCUACAGAGGAUGCUGAAGUCGGAGUGGAACAGCCGUCCUCUGAAUAAGAUGAAGCCCCUGAAGAAGCUGUCUCUGAAACACAGACUGUCCUCCUCCACCUCCAUCUCCUCCUUCUCCUCCACCUCCUCCUUCUCUAAGAACAGACACAAGACCAGCUCCCUGCUCUCCUCUGGCCGUGGCCCCCACUCCAGGGUCCGGUCAGACAAGCUGCACAGGCAGCAGCUGCACAGCCUCCAAGGCUCCUCGCUGCAGCCCCACUACCGGGGAGAACGCAGCCACGCCCAUAGCACGGACAAGCCCCACCCACGCAAGAGGCCACGCCCCGAGCUCUCUCUGGACAGGAUGGACUCUCUGUCUAAGCUGUAUAUGGACUCAGGCAGCCCGUACCCAUCACUGCCCGGCCUCCACACCUCCUCCCACGCACCCCCCCACACACUCGGCCCCCACCUGACCCACGCCGCCCCCCAGGCCUACAGUCCGCUGGCCCGGCAGCUUGCCUCCUCCUUCGAGGCCCCCGGCCCCUUCUCUCUCAGCUGCUCCCUGCAACAGCAGCCCACCCGCCGUCGCCGUGGCGAGAGCUCGUUUGACAUCAACAACAUCGUCAUCCCCAUGUCUGUGGCAGCAACCACACGGGUGGAGAAGCUGCAGUACAAGGAGAUCAUCACCCCCAGCUGGCGUGAGGUGGACGUGUGUUCCAGACUCCCUGCGGAGAGGCUGGAGGAGGUGGAGGUGGAGGAGGAGGAGGAGGGGGUGGAGGUGGAAGACCUGUCUGACCAGGUGUUCUCCAGGCUCCACCAGCCCUGUGAGGACCAGGAGAGGACCAGAUACCGCUGGGCUGCUGUCUCCUCCAGCACGGCCACCAACACCAGUACAGUGGCCAAGAGGAGGGGCAGCAGGUCCUACAAGUCGGUGGACGGCCGCACCACACCCCUGCUGUGCUGCACCACCCCCUCCACCCCACAGCCCUCCUCCCCUGACUCCUCCCACUUCCAGGCACUCCAGGACUAUGGCUCCUCCCCCUGCUCCCCGGCCAGCCCAGACAUGGCGUUCGCCCCCUACCCCCCCUACCCCCCCGGGGCCAGGGACCCCCAGCGGCUGGUAUCCAGCGACGACACGCGCUGCUCCACGCCCGACAACUCCUACGAGGACCAGGUGCUCCUACCGGUGUUGCCGUGGGAACGGCGUUCCUUCCCCCUGGACGGCGAGCCGGAGCAGGAGCCAGAGGAGGAGGCAGAGCGGCCCUACCGGAGCCUGCGUCGCCCCUCCACCUGCCGCACCCCUUCCCCGCUCCCCUCCCCACUCCCCCCGCCCGACCAAGCCAGCAAGCAGAAACCCUCCACAGGCCACGCCCACAGACACGCCCCUCGAUGAAGCCUGCCGUCCCUAACCCCCUCAGAGAGCAACCACCUCCUCCACCUCCACCACCUCCUCCACCUCCUCCACCACCUCCACCACCUCCUCCACCUCCACCACCUCCUCCACCGUGAAGGUCCACCGUGGGAGGAGAGAGGCCGGCUGCUGUUUAGACAGCUCUCCAGUUCUCCCCAGUCAUUAUGAGAGCCCAGAUCCAUCAGGAGAGGGACAGGGUGGAGAGAUGGAACCGGAACACCAACAGAUGGAAGGUGCAGAGACAAGAUCAGACCUCCUUCCUCCAUGAUGAGAUUAGACCGGCGUGGGCGCAGCUUGCUAUUGGUGGAAUUUCAGCUUGUUCCAGGGCUCCUCCCCCCCUCAUCAUGUGAUGUCUUUCAGACAACUCAGUAGCUAACAUGACCCUCUCUCCCACAGCCUCCUCCAACACCCCCACACCCCCCCCACACACACACACACACCCUCCUCCUCCAACACACCCCCACUCACACACCCUUUCCCAAGGCUUGACCUGGCAUCGCUGGUCACCCGGUCCUUCAGCUUCAGAUGUCUGUCUCUUCUGUCUCUCUCGUUUGUCCGUCUCCCUGCUCUCCAGCCAUAUUCCCUCAGUCUGUCUAUCUCCCUCCCUGCUCUCCAGCCAUACUCCCUCAGUCUGUCUGUCUCCCUCCCUGCUCUCCAGCCAUACUCCCUCAGUCUGUCUGUCUCUCUUCUGUCAGUCUGUCUCUCCUGUGUGUCAGUCUCUCUUUCACUCUCCUCUUUUAGUCUCCUACAGUCAUGGUUUCCCCCCCAGCCUUGCCCAACCAGCACAUUUCUCUCCUUCUCUACUCCUUACUUUUCUCCUCACCUCAUCCCACUUCCCUCUCUCCCCCUCCUCCCUACCUCCCUGCCCUCCUCCCUACCUUCCCUCUCUCCCCUCCUGCCCUCCUCCCUACUUCCCCUCUCUCCUCUGUCAGUGUGUUACUAUAGUGAGUCAUCUGGCACCAUGUUUUGUUGUGAGUUAUUUUCAUACUUUAGAGUUUCCACUGUGGUGAGGGUGGCUGGGUCUGCUAUAUCCCCUAGCAUGUAAUAGUUUGUACAAAAGAAUAUUAUAUUUUGUAAAUACUUUUGUUUUGAUUCUUAACUGUGUUUGGUGUUCAGGUUCUUAGCGACCCUGGCUGCAUAGAUACGAGACACAUACAGGAUAUUAAACACUUUUUUUUCCUUAAGCGAAAGCAGAUACAAACUGCUUUUUUUCUGGAUGGUUGUGGAGUUCGACAGACAUCGUUUGUGCUUCUCUGAAUAAAAGUGGAUUAUAUUGUA